AUGCUUGUACAAUUAUUAAUAAAAUUCAAACCAAAUUCUGUGAAACAUUUAAGUAAAAACAUUAAAAUAAUAAUUAGCAGAGAAUUCAAUGAAUAUUCACACAAUUCGUUAAUUGAUCCGUCAAUCGGUCUGAAUGAAGAACAAAGGGAACUACAGUCGAUGGCCUAUCAGUUUGCUGUCAACGAGUUUCGGCCGCAUAUGAAGGAAUGGGAUCAAAAUGAAUAUCUGGCCAUCGAUAAGCUACGUAAAGCUGCCCGAUUGGGUUUCGGCGGAAUCUAUACGCCGGCCGAAAAAGGAGGUACAGGACUGACACGAUUGGACACAUCAAUCGUUAUCGAGGCACUGGCCCAGGGAUGUGUGUCGACAACGGCUUUGUUAUCCAUACACAAUAUGGUCUGCGCAAUGAUAGCCCAAUUUGGUGACGACCGUCAAGUCGGGUCAUAUGUACCCGAUUUGGUCUCAAUGAACAAAUUGGGUUCGUAUUGUCUAACCGAACCAAAUGCCGGUUCCGAUGCGGCAAAUCUGCAAACAAAAGCCGAUAAAUCAAACGACUACUAUAUAUUAAACGGCACUAAAAGUUUUAUAAGCGGUGGCGGCGAAAGUGAUAUAUUUCUAGUAAUGGCCCGAACCGGCGGUACCGGUUCUAAGGGUAUAUCGUGUUUUAUUGUUGAAAAAGGUAGUCCCGGAUUGAGUUUCGGUAUUAAAGAGUCGAAACUCGGUUGGAAUAGUCAACCGACUCGUCAAGUAAUACUCGAGGACUGUCGGGUUUCGGCUAGCAAUCUGUUAGGCAAAGAAGGUUACGGUUUUAAUAUAGCCAUGAGCGGCAUCAAUGGCGGCCGAGUUAAUAUAGCAUCGUGUUCGCUGGGAGGCGCCCAGUGGGCACUGGAAGAUACAUUGAAGUAUACGUGCGAUCGUAAACAGUUUGGCCAGGCGAUUGCCGACUUUCAAAAUAGUCGUUUCGAGUUAGCCUCGAUGUCAGCCGAAUUGUUGGCCUCCAGGCUAUCCGUCCGAAUGGCUGCCAAAGCUAUCGAUGAUAAACAAUUGACAACAAAUACAAGUGAUAUUUCCGAUGAAAAUUCAACACAAAUACCGGUCAGCACUUUGUGCGCAAUGUCUAAACUGUUGGCCACCGAAAAGUGUCACAAUAUUAUCGAUAGAUGUCUUCAAUUGUUUGGAGGUUAUGGCUAUUUGAAAGACUAUCCAAUUGAACAGUUAUUAAGAGAUACAAGAGUUCAUCGGAUUCUUGAGGGAACCAAUGAAAUAAUGAAAGUCAUUAUCGCUAAAGAUAUCAUUGAUAAACAUUUACAUAAAAAUUAAAUUAAUUUUUAAUUAGUUAUUAUAAAUAUAUUU